UAAACACCUAAUGCGGUACGAUAAACCUUCGAUGUGAUCAGUGACACUUGUUAUUUUACUGAAACUUUGUAAUAUUAUCUUGAUUUACGCACGCCUCACUUAAGAUUUGCUCUUAUUUGUUGCUUAAUAUCAUCAUGUUUUCAAGUAUUUACUUUUAAAUACGAGACGUAAACCUAUUUGCCGGGUGGAUUUAGGUUAGGUUAGGUUAGAAGUCCUUGAAUUGUGACAAAUAAUAAGAGAAAGAAAUCUAAAAAGAUGUAUCUCAACAUCUGCCGGCAAAUGUCACGCACUAAUAUUAGACAGAUAUAUACUAGCGUGUCAAAAAAUUUGAUGAAAAAUCAUGUGGACACGUCGCUUCGAAAGAGAUUACGUUCCACCGCCUUCUACUGGGCAGGAGUUGGGAUACUGGUAGUCGGAUUGAGUUAUUCUGCGGUGCCUUUGUACAGAAUAUUCUGUCAGUCGUACAGUUAUGGUGGAACAGUAUCAGCUGGUCACGAUGCCAGCAAAGUGACCACAAUGACGCCUGUUAAAAACAAAACAAUCAAAGUGAAAUUCAAUGCAGACACCGCAGCAUCAAUGCAAUGGAAUUUCAAGCCACAGCAAUCGGAGCUCACGGUUGUUCCUGGAGAGACAGCUUUAGCAUUUUACACAGCCACAAAUCCAACUAACGAUCAAGUCGUAGGAAUAUCCACUUACAAUGUUGUACCUUUCGAAGUAGGACAAUAUUUCAAUAAAAUACAAUGUUUCUGUUUUGAGGAACAGAUGCUCAAUCCUCAUGAACAAAUUGACAUGCCAGUGUUCUUUUAUAUUGAUCCGGAAUUCGCAGAAGAUCCACGCAUGGAAUUUGUUGACGAAAUAGUUUUGUCUUAUACAUUUUUUGAGGCCAAACCGGGACUUAAUCUGCCUGUUCCCACUUACGUCAAAACUCACUCAACGAAGUACUCGUCAUUCAUACAAAGCUGUUUUCACAUGCGCAUGCGUAUACUGACCGCACGUAGUGGGAUGUCAGCGUGAUGUGUGUAGGAAAUUUAUUAUAACAAAAGUUACGUGGUACAUUUAACAGAGGUUAUUUGUACAAAGGUUCGACUGUGUGUGUACGUUA